AUGUCCCCUGCACUGCACCGCAGGAGGGUGGUCUCGGGCCUUGCCCCGCUCAAAGAAGGGCGCGGCAGCAAGAAAGACGUCGUGGCGUUGAGAACAUCCCCCCAAAGGAGAGAGCAGAUCUCGACGACGAGAAGGCUUGCCGAGCAAGCAGCAAGCAAUCGCGCCGCCGCCGCCGCCGCGGCCGCCAGCGACGACGACGAAGAAGAUGACUACCGGCGAACGAGGCAGCGGUCUUCCACCUGGGACGAGCACGGCAUCGCCAAGCAGCUGGAGGACAAGAGGAUGGCCUCGCUUCUCGCCGGGGACGCCGGUGAUGGUGGUGGUCGGGUCAGGAUCUGGAGCCACAACGGAGCGCUGAGACACGUGCACGGGCAGGGCGCGCGGCCGAGCUCGGAGUGGGAACACCUGGACGCGUUCCAGGCGAUGGGCUCCAUGUUCCAGCAGGAGCUGUACCAUGAGAAGUCGAGCGGGCUGGUGGAUGUCCUCGUCGACCGGAUGAGGGUGAGGGGGAAUGCUGGUUAG